CAUGAACGCAGCACCACUCUCCCAGCUGCCACAAGUGUUUUUAGCUGCAGAAAUAGCGGGUGUUUUUCCGGAUGCUCAUAUGAAAACAAUACGCAGUUUUUGAGUGCAUACAAUUCAGAGUAAAAUAAGUUUGCAAGAAGACCGCCGAACGGAACGCCGUGUUAUCUGAGCUCGACAGGUUAUGUCUGAGACUGCUGCUGAAGGCGCACAGUUUGACAGUCAUGGAAGUAACGUCUCGCAGCAGCGGGGCGGCUAAACUUUCCCUCUGACAACAUUAGCUGUUUCGGCAAAUGACCACAAUGGCGUCUGUUUUGGAGGAUCCAACCCUUGAGAGACACUUCAAGGGGCAUAAAGAUGCUGUCACCUGUACAGACUUCAGCCCAAACCGCAAACAACUGGCCUCAGGGUCAGUGGAUAAGACCCUGAUGAUUUGGAAUCUUGCUCCAAAGGCAAGAGCUUUCCGCUUUGUUGGCCACCAAGACGCCAUCACUGGCGUGCAGUUCUCCCCGUCUGGUAACCUGGUGGCCACUUCCUCCAAAGAUAGAACUGUCCGACUGUGGACACCUUCAAUAAAGGGCGAGUCUACAGUGUUCAAAGCUCACACGGCUGCUGUACGCAGUGUUGCCUUCUCCCAUGAUGGCCACAGACUGGUGACAGCCUCAGACGACAAGUCUGUCAAAGUGUGGAGUGUUCACCGGCAGUGCUUUGUCAACUCUCUCAGCCAGCACACCAACUGGGUGCGCUGUGCCAGGUUUUCUCCGGAUGGGCGGCUGAUAGCUUCCUGCGGAGAUGAUCGCACUGUCCGGCUCUGGGACACCUCCACCAAACACUGCAUCAACUGCUUCACUGAUUAUGGAGGAUCAGAAACAUUUGUUGAUUUUAACCCAAGCGGCACCUGUAUAGCAUCCUCAGGAGCUGACAGUUCAUUGAAAAUCUGGGAUCUGAGAACCAACAAGCUGAUUCAGCAUUAUCAAGUCCACAGUGCAGGAAUCAACAGCUUUUCCUUCCAUCCAUCCAACAACUACCUGAUCAGUGGCUCUAGUGACAGCACUGUUAAGAUCCUGGACCUGCUGGAGGGACGCCUCAUCUACACCCUCCAUGGACACAAGGGUGCUGUAAUCACAGUAGCCUUUUCCAGGGCUGGAGAUCUCUUUGCCUCGGGGGGAGCUGAUGGUCAGGUGCUGAUGUGGAGGACAAACUUUGACACCAAAUCCUACCAGGACGUCCUGCAACAACACAGCCGGAGGUCCACCCCCGAUCCACCACCACACGUGACAGACAUCCACCCCAGAGGACCCCACCUUCAUCACCUGCAGCCCACAGCCAUUCAAAUCAGUCCGACAGUGGCAGAUACUCAGUCCACUGAUCCACGAGUCAUAGAGUUGGGCGAAGCUGUUCACACCACCACGCUCUCGAGCGGUCGGACACACUUUAUGCCCACGCAGGCUGCCGCCAACAGUCACCACUCCAACGGUUUGCCCACGCAUCACAUAAGCGGGUCAAGAGUGGAAGGAUGGAUGGGAGAUGAAAGUGCCGGUAGGGCAGGUGUGACUGCUGGGAGCCAGACUGGGGCAGGCAGCAGAGGAAGAGGAAGGAGAGAGGAAGAGGAAGGGGGGAGAGGCCAGACGCGCCCACUGGAAGUUCUCUCGGGUCAUCCAUCCAGCCUGGACUCGACCCUGCGGCACAUUGUUCAACAGUUGGACAUUCUCACGCAGAACACAGCUGCGACGGUACAACGAAGGUCUGAUUUAGCAGUUGCUGGUUCGCUGCGAUGGUCAUCUUGUGUUGGAAAUCACUGGUAAUCGACAUAAUCAGUUGUGGAGGUAUGAGGAUGUGUCGAAGAAACAGGGCCACGAAUACAACCCUGUUCAUCUCUGCUUCGGAGGGGAAUCUUUGAGAAUUCACAGUGGUGACACUCGCUGUUUCAUGAUUCCAAAUCUGAUAGGCCGGGACAUCUACAGUUGAGUGUGUACAUGUCCACAUCUUGUUUUGACGGAUUUGUCUGUACAUUGAGUAUCCCAUUCAGUCCACUGGCUGACGGCCAUAAAUGACUAUACAGCUGUUUGGAAACUGAAACAUGCCUGCUCCCUUCCCCGUGGCCCGACAAGGAAUGUCGCCGAUGUUGUGCUAAAAGAAACAAAGUGGGUCCACGAGAGAGACGCAGCCUUUUUUGGACAAAUUAUUCCUCAGCUCCAUACAACGGUUUCUCUCCCAUUCUGUCUCUCUCAUUGUCUCUCGGUGUCACUCAACCUUUUCCCCUCUUCCUCUUCCUCCCUGUGUUUUGCUCUCUUUCUUAUUAUCACAUCCUCUUGAAAUAGAGUCACAAAAAUGAAUUGAAACCACACACAUACAGUAGAACACACACACACACACACACACACACACACACUCCUUGCACAUCUCAACAUUGCGAAAGUCUCUCCAUCCCCUCCCCAUUAGCGUUUCCUGUUUUCCUCAUGCUUGUUCUCAUCUGUUUGUUUGCGGACCCGCUCUCAAAGGACACCCUUCAGUCCGACGCUUCCUGUUUUCACUAAGCUACAGAAGUCGAAAGUGCAGGGCGGCAGGAAUUUUUCUGUCCCGCUUGAGCCAGCAGCAAAACACCUUGAGUCUCACAACAGGACAGGGAAAACUUAUCUUAUCACUGUAAAUCAUGCUUGCUGGCUACAACUGAAUGCCCUAACUGAAACUGUAAAUUAGAUUUAGUUUGUAUAUUGUUUGGACGUGUUACCUUUCAGUUUUUUUCAUCUGGCACAGUUUAUACCAACACAAAUUUAACGUCACAUUCAUUCUGUUAUGUAACUCAGAAAGUUCAUCAGACGUACUGUAAACACCCAUCAGUGUUGUUCAGUACUUUCCGCAACAGCAGUUUUGCUCAUGCUUCCAAAAUAAGAUGCACCUGGGUGCCAGUCCACUUGUUUACUUUUGGACAGCAGCCAGUGCUGUUAGAUGAAAAUGACAUAACCCUGGGAUAUGUGUGAUACUGUUAUACAUAGUUCGGCAUAUGAAAAUGAAAUCUCACUUACAAAA